GCAUCAAAAACACAUCUAAAGUGUGUGUGAGGGGGGAGAAACGUGUGUGUGUGUGUGUGUCGGCUCUACCUGUCGCCGCCCGGUAGGCGGUGAUAACGGGUGUGUGUGUGUGUGUGUGUGUGUGUGUGUGUGUGUGUGAUGGCGCGGCGGGGGGGCGGAGCCGCUCGGACAUGAGUAAAUGACGUCAGCGCCCAGGUCGCCGAGCAGUGAAACAAACAUGGCGACAGAAUGGAGCGGGCAGCAGGGUUACAUUCUCACCGUCAUUAUCUUCCUGUGGAGCGCCGUCGGCGGCCGCUCAGAGACGGCGGCGGCAGCGGCGGCGGCGGGGCCCGGCCGGGGCGGCGGCGGGAGCCAGGUGCUCGGCAUGCGGCUGGAGAGGAGCGACAAGCCGGCCAGCACCAAUGACGACGGUGUCAUCCAGGUGACUGAGGAGAGCACCGUGCAGCUCCGGUUUUACGGGGUGCAGCUCCACUCGGGCGCCUGGACGCAGAUCCGCUUCACGGAGCUGACGGACGGCGGGGACGAAGCGGCGGCGGCGGCGGCGGCAGAGGAGGAGGAGGCGGCGGCGGCGGCGGCGGCGAGAGGAGGCAGCGGCAUGAUGGAGGCGCCGGACAGGACUUGUGUUGAUUUCACGAAGGACAUCAGCAUCGGGAGCUUCAUGAACGUCAGCAGCCGCGGCACGUCCGGAGUCAUCACCAUGAACAUCAAGCCGCUCCGCAAGAGCGAGCCGCAGAAGGAGUACGCGCUGUGCACGCCGGGAGACGGCGGCGCCGGGUGGGUGCAGCUGGGGGACAGUGACGGCAGGCUGCUGGUGCUGGAGGAGAAGAAGUCCCUGCUGCCCGUGUGGCUGCAGGCCAUCCUCAUCUCCUGCCUGCUGGUGCUGUCCGGCAUGUUCAGCGGCCUGAACCUGGGUCUGAUGGCGCUGGACCCGAUGGAGCUGCGCAUCGUCCAGAGCUGCGGCACCGACAAGGAGAAGAAAUACGCCCGGAAGAUCGAACCCAUCCGCAGCAAAGGGAACUACCUGCUGUGCUCGCUGCUCCUGGGGAACGUGCUGGUGAACACCACCCUCACCAUCCUCCUGGACGACCUGAUCGGGUCCGGGCUGGGCGCCGUGGUGGCCUCCACCAUCGGGAUCGUGAUCUUCGGUGAGAUCGUCCCGCAGGCGCUGUGUUCGCGCCACGGGCUGGCGGUCGGAGCCAACACCAUCAUGGUGACCAAGCUGUUCAUGCUGCUCACCUUCCCGCUGUCCUUCCCCGUCAGCAAGCUGCUGGACGUCCUGCUGGGUCAGGAGAUCGGAACCGUGUACAACCGGGAGAAGCUGGUCGGGAUGCUGAAGGUGACGGAGCCGUACAACGACCUGGUGAAGGAGGAGCUCAACAUGAUCCAGGGCGCGCUGGAGCUCCGGACCAAGACCGUGGAGGACGUGAUGACCCCGCUGGGGAACUGCUUCAUGAUCCAGGCGGACGCGGUGCUGGACUUCAACACCAUGUCCGAGAUCAUGGAGAGCGGCUACACCAGGAUCCCGGUGUACGACGACGAGAGGUCCAACAUCGUGGACAUCCUGUACGUGAAGGACCUGGCCUUCGUGGACCCGGACGACUGCACCACCCUGAAGACCAUCACCAAGUUCUACAACCACCCGGUCCACUUCGUGUUCCACGACACCAAGCUGGACGCCAUGUUGGAGGAGUUCAAGAAAGGUAAAUCCCACCUGGCCAUCGUCCAGAAGGUGAACAACGAGGGGGAGGGGGAUCCGUUCUACGAGGUGCUGGGGUUGGUCACGCUGGAGGACGUCAUCGAGGAGAUCAUCAAGUCGGAGAUCCUGGACGAGUCCGACCUUUACACCGACAACAGGAACAGGAAAAAGGUCGACCCCAACAAAAACAAGCCCGACUUCUCGGCCUUCAAGCACGACGCCGACAGCAAAGUGAAGAUCUCUCCUCAGCUCAUGUUGGCAGCUCAUCGUUUCCUGGCUACAGAGGUGAGCCUGUUCAGCCCGUUCCAGAUCACAGAGAAGGUUCUGCUGAGGGUCCUCAGACACCCGGACGUCAUCCAGGAGCUCAAGUUCAACGAAAAUGACAAACGCUCGCCGCAGCACUUCCUGUACCAGCGAGGCAAACCUGUCGACUACUUUAUACUCAUCCUGCAGGGGCGAGUGGAGGUGGAAGCCGGAAACGAAAACAUGAAGUUUGAAACCGGCCCGUUCUCUUACUACGGAGUCAUGGCUCUCAGCUCGGCAUCGCUGGCCGUCACCCCUCCUCUCUCCCCAUCAGUGGCGUCCCCCCCUCCACGACGCCUCUCUCUUAAGAGGUUUUCUCUGUUCUCUCGUUUCCCAGAGUUUCGUUCGCCGUCACACGGGGGCAACCUCAACCGCUCGGCGUCUCUGAGCUGCACUGAGCGCGCUCCGGAGGUCGGCUCCGUGGGCGGCAGCAUCACUCAGAUCCCGGGCACGCCCUUCCAGUACAUACCGGACUUCUGCGUACGAGCUCUCACAGACCUGCAGUUUGUCAAGAUCACUCGUUCUCAGUACCAGAACGGUCUCCUGGCGUCCAAGCUGGACAGCACGCCGCAGUCUCCGGAGGGCAGCCACACUCGCCUGGACACGUCGGCAUCUUUGCCCCCCGCGACGCCACCCGGGAACCGCAACCCACUGCCGCUGGCCACGCCUCCCGCACGGCGCCAGCCGUCAAACACUCGCGCCCCUCUGCCCCCGACCACCACCUCCUCCUCCUCCAGCCGCAGACCCAGCCAGUGUCUGCCUCAAGCGACUCCGCCUCCGAGCAACCACACGGUCUCUCUCUCCCAGAUCUCUCCGUCCUCCAUCAGUACAACGACAGGCACGUUUAACCCCCACUCCUCUCAGACCUCCUCCCUCUCCUCCAAGGCCCAGCAGUCCCCGGCCUCUGCCGGGCCGGAGAACGGGCCGGGGGAGACCACCACUCUGCUCAGUGAGCAGCAGAACUGUGCGGGCCCACGCAGGCCCAGCCACACCCAGGCACACCCCCACCCACACGUUCACACCAUCAGUCACGCACACACUGAAAGCACCAUCUAACCACCAUCCCUGCGGGGGAACCAAACCACCUGUGCACUCACCUGCGUAACACACACUCGCACUACUUCUUGUUCCUGUCUGCUUGUUGUCUCCUGAACCUUUCUGUAGUCGUCUGAGGGAUGCUGAGGAUCAGCACAUCUGUGUAUUUUGUAAACAGAGAUCCUCUUCAGAUCCCUUCCUGCAUGAUCCCCUCCCACCACCGAAGAAGACCGAGAACAGACUGAAGGGGGAACACGAGUGAGGAGGAGAAACGUGGACGGGGAUGUUUCUAUGUGAGUGAGCUCAGUUCACCCAGGUUACAAAGAGCGCCUCGGCUGGUCUCCGACAUGUUUUGGUUCUGUUCGUCCAGGUUUUGAGAUUUCUGCCUCGACCUCAGUGAAAUAUUAACUCAACAGAAACGUGUCUUUACUGAAACAAUUCUCCAGUUUCUUUGGAUCAUUUACAGACCUCAGUGUGAGCUAGUUUCAGAGAAAUUACUUCACCUGUAGAAGAACAGCUAACAGUGAGAUCUGUGUUCAGAAUAACUAGGACGUCUGUGUGGGUGCACUCAAAUCUUAUGCAUUAAACUGUACAGCUUGUUAAAAAGAAAAAAGUCAACUUCCAAGUUGUAAUCACGACUGAGAUCAUCUGACUCGGCUCUUACAGUCAGGAAGUGCCUGAAAACCAAACAAACAUGGACGCCAAAGACUGUUCGAUGUAGCCAAACUUGAUUUUAAGGGGACAGACGGAGAGGUGAUCAGUGCUAACGUAAGUCAGACCCUCUCUUCAUUAAAAAGGAAGAGGUGGCUAAUGCUAGCUAGGCUCUUUCACUGCUAAUGUUUAGCAAGGUAGGCUAGCUAGUUAGCUUCCACCUGUUGUUACUGGUGCAGUAAACAAUGUGUGCCUGUCGGGAAAUAAAGGGAAUCAAAAAAGACUCCGGUACGUAACGUAAGGUGGCGGGUUGACAGCAUGUCUCCUAGCAACGCUGUUCGUCAGUUAGCUGUUGUCAUGGGAACCGCCCAGAGCUUUUUGUCAAACCUAAUUUGUUGAUGAUCCGAGCGACAGAAACAAACGUGGCAGAUAUCUCAAAACCUCCGCACAUGAAACGGAGACUAUUUGAAGGUUUUGGGGUUUUGUUUUGUUUUUUUUGUAACUUCUGUGAACUGAGCCUUUAAAUCACCACCGGUACGACAUUAACACCUCAACAUUCCCACCUGUCGAUCCAGACCCUGCUGCACCGGCUACUGUGAAGAGCAAAUCUGUUCUGUUGUUGUUGUUGUUUGUUUUUUUUAUUAUUCAGUUUUUCCAAAGAGUGAAACUUCCAGGAGCUCCGCGGUUACAGCCGAGGUUUCGUUUCAGUACGGUUGCUUUUUUUUUUCCCGUCAGGUCUUGUUAUCGAAGGCCAGUUUUGUUCGAAGAGUGUUGUCUCGAGUUCAGGCGGCUUUUAUCGAGGCGUAGUUACGAAUGAAUCGUUCCGUGUCUCGUCUGUGCUGAGCUGUCGGUGAAUCAAUUCAACUACCAGCAAACAGACCAGAUUCACUGUUCUGAGUGGAAGUUAAACAGCCACGCCGGUGAUUUUGAAUGUUUUCACCCAUUUAAUACAAAUCUUGAAUGUUACGCUUUAGAUAAUUUAUCAAACCAUGCUGUAGCUUUUGGAUAUAUUAGCAAAUUAAAGGCAGCUGUUGGUUUUCAUUCAUUUUUAAACAUCAACUCAAACUGAACAACACGUCGUAAUAUUAGACGUGACAACACAAAAAGCAGAUUUUAUGUUUUCACAACUCAAGCAGGUCGAGUUCAGGUUGACUCAAGCAACUAGAGCUCUGAUUGGCUGAACUCCUGCCAACACACGACAGCCGGCCAAUCAGAGCUCCCUGCAGCAGGAGAGACGUCUUUAAAUUAAACACUUUUUAAACUUUAUUUUUGCUAUUUUACAUCAAAACAUUAUAAUAAAUUUGCUAUUUGAAGACAGAAUAAAGAUAAUAUUUUUAAAAACAUUUUAAGUAAUGUAAUGUGAAGUACUUAAAGGCUUUUGCCAUCAUGAAUGUUUUAAUUUCUAAUAAUAAAACUGAAUUGAAUUGAAACCAAUUGCUGCCAAAAAAGUAGAAAUACAAACUACAUUCUUGCAUGCACUAAAAAAUAGUCUGCAAGAAUAAUAAAUUACACAUGAUUUGUAUUUAAGAGGCUGAAACAAAAACACCGGUAUGGCCCUUUAAGUCGAUGUUACUAGUGUUGUGAAGGCAAUAUGUGUUAAAUUAUUUAAGUUCCGAGAGUGAUAUAAGAAUAUUUAUUUUAUGUUCUAAUUAUUUAUAUAUAUAUAUAUAUUUGACGUUCACUUUCUUGUUUUGUAUUUUAGAGAUUUUAUUUAUUGUUUUCUUUCUUUGGUUCUUGAAAACUCUGCAGUUUGAGUUGAAGGACGAGCUGCAGACGACGCUGUACGAUAUAUUCUCACUGUGAACGGGACGAGCCGACCGAACCUGUGGACUGAUGUCAGAGGUUAACGUGUCUCCUCGCACGCCAGUUUGGGUUCAUGUGUAACACAAAAGACCAAAAUAACCCAGAGGAACAUGUAGUUUAGUUUAGAGGUUCCAGUAGAACGUGUUUUUAAUUAAACAUCAUCUGCUGUCAAAGUUUAA